GUCAUUUUCCACAUUUAUGGUAGAUCUGCCAGCCGACAAACUAGGGGGUCGGCAAAUGUCGGCCAGUGAGCCGGGGAGACAAUCUCGGGUUUUAAAUUCCAUUUUAACCCCUCAUUAUUUUAUUUUUACUAAAUACCCCCCAAAUUAUAUAAAUUAACCCCUCAUUAUUUUAUUUUUCUCCCCUCAAUAGAAUAUUAAUUCUAAUAUUCCAUUGCAAAAUAUAACCCUUUCGCCCCCUUUAUUCUCUUCCUUUCUCUCAACUCAUCUCUCCUCUUUCUCUCACUAAAACCCGUUUGAUCCGGUGAAGAAAAUCUAUUGUUUUUCGUAUAUAUUUUGAGCUUUCGGCAUUAUUUAUUUUCGCGCUUGUUCGUUUGAUGAAGCCUCCUUGGACCAUUUUCGGUUGAUUCCGGGUUUUCGUGAAAAUUCUGUCGUAGUCGCAGCCUUGUUUCCACGCUGAACAUGGACACUUCCGAGAUUGAAGAAAACUUACUCGCUAUUGGUGAGCCAAAGUUACAUGGGGAGAUGUGCAAAAGCCUAUGUUCAGUGUAUGUUAAAGUGUUGGCAAUAUUUCCGGACCUAGAAGCAGCUCGGCCGAGGAGCACAUCCGGCAUUCAGGCACUAUGUGCUCUGCAUAUUGCACUUGAGAAAACGAAGAAUAUUCUUCAGCACUGUGCUGAAUGUAGUAAACUUUACUUGGCAAUAACUGGGGAUUCUGUUGUUCUGAAAUUUGAGAGGGCAAGAAGUGCUCUAGAAGAUAGUUUAAAGCGUGUCGAAGAUAUCGUUCCACAAGCCAUUCGUAUACAGAUUGAUGGAGUUCUAGCCGAACUUGUAACGAUAGAGUUCUCACUCGACCCAGAGGAGAAGCAAAUUGGCGACGACAUCAUUGAACUUCUCCAACAAGGUAGAAACUUCAACAACACUUCUAACGACAACAACGAGCUCGAAUCUUUUCAUCAAGCUGCUUGUAAACUGGGAAUCACCUCUAUAAGAGCAGCACUUAGAGAGAGAAGGUCUUUGAAGAAGCUAAUAGAUAGAGCCCGUGCUGAAGAAGACAAAAGAAAAGAGUCGAUCGUUGCUUAUCUUCUGCAUCUCAUAAGAAAGUACUCGAAGCUUUUCAGGAGCGAAUUCUCCGACGACAAUGACUCGCAAGGAUCAACACCUUGCUCGCCCACAGUAAACGGAUCGUCAUUGGAAGAUGGUAUUAUGCUAGGGCGAAACGGCUGUGCGUUUGACCGCCAGCUGACGAAACUCAGUUCGUUCAAUUUUAAGCCGAAUUUCAGGAGAUCAGACCAAAUGUCUGUCCCUCCUGAAGAAUUAAGGUGCCCAAUUUCAUUGCAGCUCAUGUACGACCCCGUAAUUAUAGCAUCUGGUCAAACGUACGAAAGGGUUUGCAUCGAGAAAUGGUUUGGUGAUGGCCAUAAUACUUGUCCUAAAACUCAGCAGCAGCUCCCUCAUCUUUCUUUGACUCCAAAUUAUUGUGUCAAGGGUUUGGUUGCUAGUUGGUGCGAACAUAACGGUAUUCCUGUUCCCGAUGGACCACCGGAAUCGCUCGAUCUCAAUUACUGGAGGCUAGUGCUGUCUGAAAGUGACUCGGCGAAUUCAAAGUCGUUAGAAAGUAUCGGUUCGUGCAAGUUCAAAGGUGUUAAGGUUGUACCUUUGAACGACAGUGUGACCAUCGAGGAGGCUGAAGGAAAUGAAGAGGAAGAUGUUUCUGUUUCUGCACACGAGGAUGAUUGCGAAGUUCACGCCUUUGAGAACUACGAGGAUCUCUUGAGAAUAUUAGUGGAAGAGGAUGACCUGAUGAAGAAAUGCAAAGCGGCAGAGCAAAUAAGGCACUUGCUAAAGGACGACGAAGAAGCCAGGAUUUAUAUGGGGGCUAAUGGUUUUACGGAAGCCUUGCUUCGGUUUUUGGAGUCUGCCGUCUCUGCCAGAAACGUGAUGGCUCAGGAGAUUGGAGCAAUGGCUCUCUUCAACCUUGCAGUAAAUAAUAACAGAAACAAAGAAUUGAUGCUGGCAUCUGGAGUACUUCCAAUACUGCAGGAAAUGAUAGCCAACAGCGAUUCAAUCGCAGCGUCGACAGCCCUUUACCUAAACCUCUCAUGUCUCGAAGAGGCCAAGCCCAUAAUCGGAACAACCGAGGCAGUCCCUUUCUUGAUAUGGGUCCUCAAAAACGAAACCGACGAGCAAUGCAAGCUCGACGCACUCCACACGCUCUACAACAUCUCGAACCAACCCACAAACAUCCCUCACCUUCUCUCAGCUGGCAUAAUCGACGGCCUACAAGCCCUCAUCACACAGCCGAACGAACAAGCGUGGACCGAGAAAUGCAUCGCCGUUUUAAUUUACUUAGCUUCGAGCAAAACCGCACGAGACGAGAUUAUAACGACACCAGGUCUAGUGGGGGCUUUGGCCUCCGUUCUUGAUUUGGGAGAGCCAAUCGAGCAGGAGCAGGCAGCGGCUUGCCUUUUGAUACUGUGCAAUGCGAGCGAGAAGUGCAGCCAGAUGGUGCUUCAAGAAGGGGUGAUACCUUCGUUGGUUUCGAUUUCGGUUAACGGGACUGUGAGGGGGAAGCAGAAGGCGCAGAAGCUUCUGAUGCUGUUUAGGGAGCAGAGGCAGCGGGACCCGUCGCCGAGCCCCAGUCCUGCCGCUAGGCCGAGGUUUGAGAGCGGUGAUGUGGCGGUUUUGAUUGGAGAUCAGGAUUCGAAGCCGCUGUCGAAGUCGGUUUCGAGGAGGAAAGUGGGGAAGGCGUGGAGCUUUUGGAGGAAGAACAAGAGUUUUUCGGUGUACCAGUGUUGAGACGAAAUCGGGUAGUUUGUUGUAUUUGGUAGUAUGAAGUAACACACUAGAAGAUCUAUUAUAUAUCUUUUUCUAUAUUUUAUUAUUACUAAUUUUUUUUUAAAAUGGAAAAUGGUAGACAAGUAUAGGUGUGAAUAGUUUGUAAAUUGUUGGAUUCAGCUUUUGGGAGAUGAGUAACGUUUUGGUUAUAAAGUUGAUAUAUCUAUAAUGAAUCAGCUCCUAAUUCGGUGUGUUCUCUCUGCA